UAAUAAUAACAACGAUUAUCAUAAUCAAAAUAUAAAUAUUAAUCAGAUUCCAUUACAAAAACCUGAUGCAAUGAAAAUUAUACCUGCACCUAAAUUGGAUAAACCGGGUGAAGAAAGAUGGCCAGAUAAUAAUUUAUUAUUGGAAAAUGAUUUUAAUAAUAAUCAACAAAAACAACAACAACAACAACCAAGACAACAACAACAACGUUCACCACCAUAUUCAGAACAUCAUCAUCAUCAUCAUUCUAAUGUUGUUGAUGAUAAUAAUAAUGAUCAACGACAACAACAACAACAACAACAACAACAACACGGUAGCUACAAUAAUGGUGAAACAUCACCAAACGAUCCAAAUAGUAAUAAUAUGCAACAACAACAACAACAAGGCACACCUAAAAAACGAACUCGUCCUGUAAUACGGAUAAAAGCCGAACGUCCACCAAUACGUAUUAAUUCAGUUGGUCAAAUUAAACUGAAAGCCGAAAGACAAAUGCGUUUAAAACCUAAAAUACGUUAUCUGGAUAAAAAUAAAGAAAUUCCAAUCGACAACGAUAAUAAUGAUGGUGAUGGUGAUAAAAAUAAAAAAAUAAUGACAGCACAUUCACCCGGUCCAACACGUUCGAAAAUAAUACCGGAAAAAUAUUUACAAAAUAUGCCACCAUUAAGAAAUUUAGAUGAUAAUAUAAAUACACAAUCAUCACCACCACAACGAACUACAUCAUCAUCAUCAUCAUAUGGUGGUGGUGGUAAUGGUGGUAAAAAAUAUACACCAUCAACAAUGAAUUAUGAUCAAACAACAAUGAAAACAUUGAAAUUAUCAUCGCCAUCAUCAGGUCAUCAUCAACACCAACACCAUCAACAUAAUAUUCGUUCAAAAUUAAAUGAUGAUAAUGAUAAUAAUGGUAAAUUUGAACCAAUUUAUCGUCCAUCAUCGUCUUCGUCUUCGAAACCAUCGUCAUCGUACAGUGAUAGUGAUUCAUCGGGUGAAGAAUCAUCUGGAUCAAAAUCUGCUGCUGGACAUCGACCAAUGACCAUACGUACAUCGGAAGGUCUUGAACAAUUAGAAAAAAAUAAUUAUGAUAAACAAUUAUUAAAAACAUUAAAAAAUUUAAUGGUUACCGGUGGUAAACGACAUAAAUUAGAUUUUGAAGAUAAAGAAGAAGGUGAAAUUCAUCGUAUACAAUCAAAAGGUAAAAUACCUGAAAAAUAUUUAAAACAAUUUCCAAGUGAAGAUAGUAGAUAUCAUCAACAACAUUCACAUUCAUCAAAUUCUGAUCAAGAUCCGGAUCUAAAUAAUAAUAAUAAUAAUGAUAAUUCGGAUUUAGAUGAUAAUCAAAGUUUAGGAUCAACAUAUCAGGAUUAUGAUACAAGAAAUAAUGGUAAAUUAUCAAAUGAACCAUCAUAUGAAGAUAUGGGUGAUGAUCUAAAUGAUGAUACUUCAGAUAGUUCAGAUGAACAUUAUGAAUCGAUACGUCCAUCAUCACCAUUGCCAACACCACAAUCGCAAUCAUCGAUUCGAUCAUCGAUGAUACGUCGAUAUCGUGUAAAAGGUUAUGAUCCAAAUUAUGAAUAUAUUGGUCCUGAACCAAAUUCAGCUGAAUCAGAACAAAUUAAUCAUCAUCAUCAUCAACCGCAUCAUCAUCUUUUAGAUUUAAAUGAUAUGGAACAACCAACAGCAGCAAUAACCGAACAAAUUGGUCAUGAUGGUCGUAAGGUAAAAACCUAUGUACUAUCGGGUGUUUAUAGGAAAAAAGUUGAUGAAAUUUUACGAAAUGAUCAAACUGAUGGCGAUGAUGAUGAUGAUGAUGGUGGUUCAUCAUAUUCAUCCGAUCAUGCUGAUGAAUCAAGACAAAUUGUACAUUUUUUCAAACCAAACGAUAAUGUUGUUGGUGAUGAACAAAAAUUACAUGAUUUAUUGGAAAAAUGUGAUGAUGAUCCAAAUUCUUCUUCAGUUGAUCAACAACAACAACAAACAACAUUAUUAUCAUCAUCAUCAACAAUGGCUGUUCCGGAUACAACAAUAAUAACAACAUCACCAUCACCAAUACCAUCAUCAUCAUCAUCUGUCAGUGAUAUUUCUUCUGCACUUUCAUCAUCGUUACCAUCAAAUAUUUUCUUUUCUAAGUCGUCUGUCUAGGUAAAAUGAAAAGAUCCAAUUUUUUUUUUCGUGCCAAGCCAAGUUUUAUUUUCAA